CUCAUAGUCAGCCUAUGCAGUCCUUCUCUAGAUAUUUCCUCGGACAAAUCUCUUCCCCCUCAGUUAGACUCUUGUCUCUACAAUCUCUCUUCAAUUUCAACACCCAAAAAAAGAAAAAAAUAAGACAAAAAACCCUUUUCUUUCUUCUUCUUCUUCUUCUUCUUCUUCUUCUCCUCCUUAAACACAAACACACUGAUUUUGUGUAGUUUUAGUAUAGAGAUGGGGAGGCCACCUUGCUGUGAUAAAGUGGGAAUGAAGAAAGGGCCAUGGACUCCCGAGGAAGACAUCGUCCUCGUCUCGUACAUUCAACAGCACGGUCCGGGCAAUUGGAGGGCUGUUCCUACUAACACAGGUUUGCUGAGAUGCAGCAAGAGCUGCCGUCUCCGGUGGACCAACUAUCUCCGCCCGGGAAUCCGCAGGGGAAACUUCACCGAGCACGAGGAGAAGAUGAUCAUCCACCUCCAAGCCCUCCUCGGCAACAGGUGGGCUGCUAUAGCCUCAUACCUCCCACAGAGAACAGACAACGACAUCAAGAACUACUGGAACACGCACUUGAAGAAGAAGCUGGGGAAGGGCCAAGGCGGGAAGGGGGAUGACUCGGAGAUGAAAUCGAUUGCGAAAGGGCAGUGGGAGAGGAGGCUUCAAACCGACAUCCACACGACCAAACAAGCCCUAUGCGAGGCGCUAUCCCUCGACAAACCCAUCUCCAUCUCCAUCUCCAUCUCCAAUUCCAAUUCGAAUUCCAAUUCCAAUUCCGUGAUGGAAUCAAACCUAACCCUACCUCAGCGAGUCAACUCGGUGGUGCCGACGCCCACGUACGCCUCCAGCACCGAGAACAUCGCUCGUCUGCUGCAGAAAUGGAUGAAGAAGUCUCCGAAUUCUUCACCAUCCGCGGUCUCCUCCGACAGCAACGCCAACUUCUCGGCCGGGCUGAGCUCCAGCCCUAGCGAUGGCGCGAUCAGCACGACGUUCCCUGCGUCGGUGGAGGCGGAUUGCGAGGUGAAGUUCGAGACGCAAAUGCCCCUCACCCUGCUGGAGAAGUGGCUGCUAGACGACGCGGCCGCGCAGGGGCAGGAUGGGGAUUUCAUGGACUUGGCCUUGGGUGAAACUGCUGAUUUGUUCUGAAGAAAAAUAGAAUUUCUUCAAAACAACUCAGGAGUUUAGUUUAAUUAUGAUUAGGGCAACUGCUUUUUUAUGGUUAAAAAAUGAAAUUUGGCCAUUUUUGGGAUGGUUUUAGGCUUUUUUUACUACAUGUAUGUAGAUUAUCUCUAAUUACUAGUGUUUUAGAGAUAUCAAAGUGUAAUUAUUUGUAGCGCCUUUAUAGCCUUUGCAUAUGUGCUGGAUAGAAAUAAGCUCUAAUAUAUGUACUUUCUUUUCCAUAUAAUGAGAUGUUGGAAUUAGGGUUUUA